AUGGACACAAGUUGUGUGCAGCCUAUUAAGCUAGCCAGGGUUACCAAGGUGCUGGGCAGGACCGGUUCCCAGGGAAUUCAUUGUCGACACGAGCCGCUCCACAUCCGCAACGUGAAAGGCCCUGUGCGCGCGGGCGACGUGCUCACUGUAUUGGAAUCAGAGCGAGAGGCUCAGAGGCUGCGCUGA